AUGCUGGAGGGCACGGGGACCACCGCUGCCCAGGGCGCCAGGCUGGCCAAGGUCCUCACCACCCUCGACCUCAUCUCCCUCGGCGUCGGGAGCUGCGUGGGCACCGGCAUGUACGUGGUGUCCGGCCUAGUGGCCAAGGAGAUGGCGGGGCCCGGGGUCAUCGUUUCCUUCAUCAUCGCUGCCGUUGCCUCCAUCUUGUCAGGCGUUUGCUACGCUGAGUUUGGCGUGCGGGUCCCCAAGACCACGGGCUCUGCCUACACCUACAGCUACGUGACGGUGGGGGAGUUUGUGGCGUUCUUCAUCGGCUGGAACCUCAUCCUGGAGUACCUGAUCGGCACGGCCGCGGGCGCCAGCGCCCUCAGCAGCAUGUUCGACUCGUUGGCCAACCACACCAUCAGCCGCUGGAUGAUCAACAGCGUCGGGACGUUGAACGGACUGGGGAAAGGAGAGGAGUCGUACCCUGACCUUCUUGCUCUGGUCAUUGCUGUCAUUGUCACCAUCAUCGUGGCCAUGGGGGUGAAGAACUCGGUGGGGCUGAACAACGUGCUCAAUGUCAUUAACCUGGCAGUCUGGAUCUUCAUCAUGAUUGCUGGUCUCUUCUAUGUCAAAGGUGAAAACUGGUCUGAAGGGCAAUUCCUGCCAUUUGGAUGGCCAGGGGUGCUCAAAGGGGCUGCGACAUGUUUCUAUGCCUUCAUCGGCUUCGACAUCAUUGCUACUACGGGAGAAGAAGCGAAGAAUCCCAACACCUCCAUCCCCUAUGCCAUCACAGCCUCGCUUGUCACGUGCUUGACAGCAUAUGUGUCUGUAAGCAUCAUCCUCACGCUGAUGGUGCCCUAUGAUGCCAUUGACACCGAGUCCCCACUGAUGGAAAUGUUUGUGGCUCGUGGCUUCUACGCGGCCAAGUUCAUCGUUGCCAUCGGGUCCGUGGCUGGCCUGACCGUCAGCUUGCUGGGCUCCCUCUUCCCAAUGCCGAGAGUCAUUUAUGCCAUGGCUGGUGAUGGGCUGCUCUUCAGAUUUUUGUCCCACGUCAGUUCUUACACGGAAACUCCCGUAGUGGCUUGUAUCGUCUCCGGCUUCCUCGCCGCACUGCUCUCCUUGCUGGUCAGCCUGAGGGACCUGAUAGAAAUGAUGUCCAUCGGCACUCUGCUUGCCUACACGUUGGUCUCCGUCUGUGUCCUGCUCCUCCGAUACCAGCCCGAGAGCGACAUCGAUGGCUUUGUCAAAUUCCUCUCCGAGUAGCAUACCAAGAAGAAGGAGGGCAUCCUGGCCGACUGCGAGAAGGAAACUUGCUCCCCAGGGAGCGAAGGAGAAGAGUUCGCUGGCCCACCGACCAACACGUGCGGGGCAAAAAAUCUGCCGUCGUUGGGGGAUAACGAGAUGCUAAUUGGGAAAUCUGAUAAAUCCACCUAUAACGUGAAUCAUCCCAACUACGGCACGGUCGACAUGACCUCAGGGAUAGAGGCAGAUGAGUCUGAAAACAUCUACCUCAUCAAGCUGAAGAAGUUGAUUGGCCCGCGCUACUACACGAUGAGGAUCCACCUCGGACUGCCAGGGAAAAUGGACCGCCCCACGGCAGCCACCGGCCACACCGUCACCACCUGCGUGCUCCUGCUCUUCGUCCUGAUGUUCAUCUUCUGCUCCUUCAUCAUUUUCGGGGCAGACUACAUCUAUGAGCAGAGCUGGUGGGCUGUCCUCCUCGUUGUACUGAUGAUCCUGCUCAUCGUCGUGCUGGUGUUUGUGAUCUUGCAGCAACCAGAAAACCCCAAGAAGCUGCCCUACAUGGCACCUUGUCUCCCCUUCGUCCCUGCCUUUGCUAUGCUGGUGAAUAUCUAUCUCAUGCUGAAGCUCUCCACAGUCACGUGGAUCCGAUUUGCCGUCUGGUGUUUUGUGGGUCUGCUCAUCUACUUUGGCUACGGGAUGUGGAACAGCACGCUGGAGAUCAGCGCCCGGGAGGAGGCCCUCCACCAGAGCACCUACCAGCGCUACGAUGUGGACGUCGACCCCUUCUCCGUGGACGAUGGCUUCUCCUACGCCACUGAGGGCGAGGGCUACCCGGGCUGGGGUCCUUCUGAGGACAAGGGCUUCUCAUACCAGCAAAUGGCGGGAGCAAAGGAAAGCCAUCGGACAAGUAGCAGGUCGAAAAGCAAAGGCAGGCACAAACCGCCGUCGGAGGCUCUCAUCGCCAACGACGAGUUGGACUACUCACCCGAGUAG